GGUCUGAUGCUGAUUCCUGGUCCACCUCCCAGCCUAACAGCAGGAAAGGAGAAACGAAUAUGCCAGACUUUGUUCCCCUCAACAGUUACGGUUACUUAAUAUUAUGCUCCAUCUACUGGGUAGUGCUCCACAAGUCUGCUCGCCAAAUACAACACUUCACGCAUUUCCUAAGAAUCAGCAGGGGUGGUGCUGCCUCCAUUGGGCUCCCUCUCCGUGGGUCCCUAGGUCGGUGCAGCCGCAGCUCAGGGGAGCCCAGCCCAGCGCAGCCUUCCCUGGGGAUUGUGCUGUGUCUCUCCUCUGCCUCCUCCGUCCCUAACCAGGUUUUCCUGUUUUUAGAUCUUCCUGCACCCAAUUCCCAAAUCACAAGCUCCUUUCUGUUUUGUUUCAUCAAAGAACCCGUUAGAAGAACCAAUAAAUCUCACAUCCAAUGGCCUUCAGUGAUCUUACGUCGAGAACUGUGCGUCUUUAUGAUAAUUGGAUCAGCGAUGCUGAUCCGAGAGUUGAAGAUUUAUUCCUCAUGUCCUCACCUCUGCCACAAACCAUCAUCUUGGGACUCUAUAUUUAUUUUGUCAAGUCUCUGGGACCAAAGCUCAUGGAGAAUCGAAAACCCUUUGAACUCAAGAAAGUGAUGAUAACAUACAAUUUUUUCAUAGUACUCUUUUCUGUGUAUAUGUGUUAUGAGUUUGUGAUGUCUGGCUGGGGGACAGGUUAUUCAUUUGGAUGUGAUAUUGUUGACUAUUCACGGUCGCCCAAAGCUCUGAGGAUGGUAAACACCUGCUGGCUUUAUUACUUCUCCAAAUUUAUUGAGCUGUUAGACACGAUCUUUUUUGUUCUGCGUAAGAAGAACAGCCAAGUGACUUUUCUUCAUGUCUUCCAUCAUACCAUCAUGCCAUGGACCUGGUGGUUUGGAGUCAAAUUUGCUGCAGGUGGUUUGGGAACUUUCCACGCCCUGGUGAACACCGCUGUGCAUGUAGUCAUGUACACCUACUAUGGGCUGUGUGCUAUGGGACCCUCCUACCAGAAGUAUCUGUGGUGGAAAAAACAUCUGACAUCUUUACAGCUUGUCCAGUUUGUCAUUGUCACCAUCCACAUGGGCCAUAUAUUUCUCAUGGAGGAUUGCAAAUACCAGUAUCCAGUCUUUAUGUACAUUAUUAUGUCCUAUGGGUGCAUAUUUUUGCUCCUUUUUCUUCAUUUUUGGUACUGUGCUUAUACCAAGGGUCAGAGGCCUCCCAAAACUGUAAAAAAUGGAAACUAUAAAAACAAACAGUCCUAAAAUACAGCACAACAGGAACCUGUGAUUCAGACUGAUACCUUGUCUUCCUUGACAAUCAAGAAAUAUUUACCUAUGCAAUGCCUUUUGUAUAUUUUUUCAAAAUCAAGAGCUUGUAUUUUUAUGAUAAGUUAUUGGGGUUUCUGAUAUUAAGAGUUCAAAGCUCCCACACAAGUCCUCUGAUUAAAGCCUAGAGCAGCCAGGAUUUUCUCAGCUGCUUUCCAACCUAACUGACAGGUUUUUUUUUUUUUUGUUUAAUACAUUGUGUUACAAUGAAAGGAGGAUGUGACACAAUGUAGUACUCUUCAAAGACGUCCAGUAGAGAUGAAAAAUAUUCGAUAUUUUGAUCACGGACAGAGAUCCACAGAACACAGUAGAUGCCUUCUGCAGGGUUAGCGAGCCUCUGACUGUGGGCUCUGACUGCGUCCCUGGUCAGCUGCACUCAGAAGACGUUGUGCUUACUCUGGAGUUUAGUUCUCAUCCUAAAGUGCUAACGCAGGCAAACAUUAAAUAAAUUUUUGAUAAGGUGUGAUUUUAAAUUACUAAUGAUAAAUUUUAAUGGAUCUUUUGAAUAGCUGCCAUCCGUUUUGCUGGAAGACUUUCUCACAAUGCUUUUGUUGUACAAACUAUUUCAAGAUAGCAGUGCUUUAUCUUACUGUACUGCUACUAUUAACAAUAAGGAGAAGUUAACAUUAUUUUGGAAACAAGGUGAUUUCUUUCGAUUGGCUGUGACAGUUUUGCAAUUAAAGUUUUAUAUCUCUGGAAAGAAAUGAAUGUAUUAAUGAGACAAAUACUGUGUGGUUUAGUGGGGAAAAUCUGGUUUGUUGUAUUAUGUCACUUUUUUUUUUUUUUUUUUUUUUUGGGAUUGAACUUAGGACCCUGCCCUUGCCAGGCAAGUGCUUAUGUUGCUGAUCUAUAUCCUCGGCCCAUCGCUUUCUGAUAUUAUAGUUUGAAGGGUUAUCUCAUUUAAAUAUAUAUUGGUUACAUGCUUACACAUUCAUAUGAUUAGCAUACCAUAGGUAUUUUUAAAUCAUAAAUAAUUUUACACCACUCUUUACACACAAUUUCCAGACAGGGUUUGAGUAGCUUAUCGUGAAGCGGAGACAGGUGAUAACAUAGUAUUUAGGGGAUUAUUUGGUCUAAAAGUAAGAGCUCUUCUACACUGAGAAAUGGAAAAUCUACAUCAUAGUCAUAUACCUCUAGUAUUAUAAGUACACUGCAUGAGAAAGUAUUUUCCAGAAUUUUGAAUUAGUCUGGAUUUCUUUUUUCAGACCUGUAAACCAUAUAAUGAAUGGCUAAAAUUCACUAGGCAUAGGCUUUUUUUUUUUCUUCUUGAGUUGCUACUUUCUAGAUUUAUCUUAUUGUGUAUUCUUAUCAAACAGCCAAAACUACCUAUCAGUAGAGUAUUGCCCAAGAAAUAACAACAUUCGGACAUUUGUGGAUCAUUCCUCAUUGCUUUUUCUCUGGUUAUGCUCCUACUUAAUUUGGAGGGGCUGUUGAGGGCCAGUGCUAUAGUUCAGUGGCACAAGCA